UGGAAAACAGACUUCUCUUCAAGAGCCAGUGAAAAACAAUCGUUUAUGACAAAUCCCUUAACAACUUGCUACAGGCAGGUUAUUCACGCUUCUUGUUAUUCGUUUGACAGACGAUGGCAACCAGCUGUCAAUCAGGCCGUACGCGCAGGUCCUGUCCGCCAAGCAACUAGCCUGUACCGGUUGCCAUUGGUUACUAUACACGCCGUUUGUUUUGUGCGGUCGUUAUUGUUGCUAUGGCAUUCGUUCGCACGUAAACAAAUAUAAUGAUCUUUUUUGUAUACAUGAAUGCAACAUAAUGCAAAUCAUAUUUAUAAGGAUAGCGAUUAAGUGACAUUUUUGGGAGCGACUGCAGUCAAACUAGUGCGAGGUGAUAUGUUAGGACAGCAAAUGUACAAAGAUGAAAAUCCACAAGUGAGCAGCAGAAAGACGCAGGAGGGCAAAGAAUCAAUCCGAACUAUUGAUGAUCUGUAUCUAAGCAUUCAGCAAGAGAUCCAGUUUUAUAAACAAGAACACGAAACCAUCAGAGCCGAUCUGAAAAAGUUGUUACAGCGAGAACUGGGAAAUAAUAUUGUAACAGAAACGACAAAAAGCAAAGAAGAUGGCAGGCCAAACAGUCAAAAACAGUUUAAACAUUUGUCGAACGAAGUGAUCAAUAACCUGAAGAAUCAACUGGAUAUAGUUUGGGAGGAGAAAAACACAUUAGAGAGUCUCUGGAAAAGCUCUCAAAAGACAAUCCAAAUACUUGAGGUGGAAAUAGGCGAGUACCGGCGGCAGCUCAAGCAGCCGAAAAGUAUACAAGACCUGCGGCAGCAAUACACAGCGGCACUCCAGCUGCUAGAGCAGAACCUGCUCACGCUGCGCUCAAAGUUCAAUCAGCAAACCGAGAAAAACAAACGCCUAGAGGCAGCCGCCGCUACCGAGCGUGAUCGCUUCGAAGCUCUGGAACGCGAUUAUACCGCUCUACAGUCGGAAAAUAGAAACCUGCAGGCCAUCGUAGAGGAGUGUCACGGUUCCCAGACGCAGCAGGCCGCCGAACUGGAACGAGUCAUGCAGGAAAAAGCCGAACUGGAAUCGCUGCUGGAUCAAGCCAAUGCGCUAGCCCGGCAGCACAUGAGCCGGGAAAAUUUGGCACUAAUGAAGGUGCAAGAAGCCCUGCUGGUUGCCGAUUCGGCAAUCGACGAGAAAAAUUCGCUGUUGCUGCGUGAGGAAGGUGUGCGGGAGGAAUGCGAUUUUCUAGCUUCCACCAUUGGGCAGGUAAUGGAGGAAGCUGCCCGCAAGGUGGAACUCGAAAUGAAUGCGAUGAAGGUUGGCUACGAAGGUCGUAUCGGUGCCCUCGAAAAACAGCUAGAACAACUGAGGCAAACGUUGGAAACGCAAACGCAGCGAACGCGGCAUGCAGAGACCCGGGCGGCCACAUUGGAGGAGAAAUUCAAGGGCCUGAUCGUGACAAAUCAGAGCCUUGAUGCGGACCUCCACGCUGCAUCUAAAUUAAUUAUUGAAAUGGAACUGAAAAUGGAAGCGUUUCACAAAACAAUGCUUAAAGAGCGUGCAAUCAGCAAAACCAGCCAAAAUCGCGAGCAAGAGCUGAAGCUUCUGCUAGAAAGCAACGGAGAGCUGCAGGAACGAUGGAAGAAUGAAAUGGUGACGCUGACUGAUGAGUUGCAGCGCAAUCUGAAGACACUUCGACGGGAAAAUUGCAUGCUCAAGGCGGAAAACAAUCAAUUAAAGGAUCAGCUAUUGAAGGUUGAGUAGCAGUAGCAGUAGAAAGGGAGUGGAGCAAAGGAAAGGAUCCGGAAAAGUAAUUACACCAUACCCUUGCCGAGGUUUCGCGUGAUUGUUUAGCAGAGUAUCUUCAUGCUUAUUUUUGCGGUCGGUCGAUGAGCGAUAUUGUGUUUCAUUUCUAGAUAGUUUUGGAAUGCAGCUUUAAUUUUUUGUCAGAUCACCAAACUUAAGGACUGAAAA